GUCCGGCCGCCCGCCCUGCCCUCCGCUGGCUUCCUGCUUCCCGCACGGGGCGGCGGAGUUGCGAGCAAGGGCCCCCGGACACCGCGGCCGAAGUUCGGCGGAGGCGCCAGGAGUGGGCCUGCCGGGAUGUGGCGAGCGCUGGCCGGCCGCUUCGCGAGCUCCAGGCAGGCAGCGACCCGCCUCGUCAGCAUGAGCGGCUCCGGGGCCGAGGCGCGGGGGACGCUGGCCAACAAGGUGGCCCUGGUGACGGCCUCCACCGAGGGAAUUGGCUUCGCCAUCGCCAAGCGCCUGGCCCAGGACGGAGCCCAUGUGGUCAUCAGCAGCCGAAAGCAAGCCAACGUGGACCGCGCCGUGGCCCAGCUCCAAGCGGAGAAUCUCACUGUGUCGGGGCUGGUCUGCCACGUGGGGAAGGCUGAGGACAGGCAGCGCCUCAUUGAUGUGGCCCUGGAGCGCCACGGAGGAAUCGAUAUCUUGGUAUCCAAUGCCGCUGUGAACCCCUACUUUGGCAGCACGCUAGAUGCCACGGAAGAUGUCUGGGACAAAAUCCUGGAUAUCAACGUCAAGGCCACGGCCCUGCUCAUCAAGCUGGUCGUACCUCACAUGGAGAAGAGGGGGGGCGGCUCCAUAGUGAUCGUCUCGUCUGUUGCUGCAUAUUUGCCAUUUCCGGGAUUGGGCCCCUACAACGUCAGCAAGACGGCCCUCCUGGGCCUCACCCGCACCCUGGCCCCCGAACUCGCCCCCAGCAACAUCCGGAUCAACAGUCUGGCACCGGGCCUGAUCCGCACCAAGUUCAGCUCCGCGCUGUGGCAGGACAAAGCCAUGGGCGACAAGCUGAUGGAGGCCAUGAAGAUACAGAGGAUCGGAGACCCAUCUGACUGUUCUGGCAUGGUUUCCUUCCUGUGUUCCCCAGAUGCCAACUACAUCACUGGGGAGACCAUGGUGGUAGCUGGAGGUGCCCUUUCGCGCCUCUGACGGAGGGCCGGCCUACCUUUCCACCUGUCUACACAGAUGGACAUACGGAUGAUCGCACAAUGCCCUCCCCUGCCCCAAGGAUGCAGAAUGGGGACGCUAGUGCAGGGGGGUGUCCUCAAGGCAAACAGACAUCUGGUGCAUUGUGGGGUUGGGUGGAUGGAUGGCUCCUUGGGGAAGAGGUGAUGGCGCAAGAUUGAGAUGUUGCUCCGAGAAAAUAUAAAGGGAAAGGACCGAGGGAAGCACAUUGCAACAUGGGCUGAAUUUUAGGGCCCCUUGUACACCAUGGAUGACACACUCCUGAUGCUGAUGGGGGCUCUGUGCACUUGGGGGGCUGAGGCAAAUGCUUAGCUGGAUACUUAACCGUGGGUGAUUUUGGGGCAUAGAGCAUUAACUGGAGAGAGAAGGAAGCGAUUGCAGGUGAGGUCAUGGAUUUGGGGAAAAUUUGCACAGAAAAACAGGUGUGGACAUGGGAGGGGGGCGGCUGGAGGGUCUGCAGCACCGAUAAUUGUGGUUCCAUGUCAUUUCUCAGUGCCUUGCUGUUUCGGCUCAAAUAAAGCUGUGUUUCCAACUGGA